AUGCCAGAAAAAACUCCUCCAGCAUUAGAGAAGUAUGAUGGCUCGAUUGACCCGGAUGAUCAUCUCAAGAUCUUCACCAACGCAAUGACGUUCUACACGGAUAGUGAUCCGGUCAUAUGUAGAGCCUUCUCGUUAUCACUCAAGGAGGAGGCAUUGGAAUUGUACAACACUCUUCCCCCGAACACGGUAGAUUGUUUCGCUACCGUGGAAACUCUCUUCAAGAGGCAAUACGCCUCCAAUCAGAGACAAGAGGUGACACCGGCGGAAUUGGUAAACACCAAAAAAGAGAAGGACGAAACCUUGAAAGCCUUCAUGAAAAGGUAUAAUGAAACCGCAUGGCGAGUUAAAGAUGUUAUUAACACUUUUAUCAUCAGCAAUUUGCCUUCAUGCUUAAAAUCGGGAUAUUUUGCUGAAAAGUUAUAUGUCCGACCACCAAGAACUAUGGACGAAUUUCAGGAAAGGGUGGCUAAGUUUAUUCGUAUUGAGGACAUGAGGAGCUCAAGGGAAAAACAACAGCAGGAAGCUUCUACAGACGGAAUUAGAAAGGACAGCGGACGGUUGUUCUUCGACAACGACAAGGGAGGAGAUCCUCGAUCAAAGGACUUCCCCCCCGAACGCCUAAAUUUGAUCAUCACACAACUAUUAAUGCACCCAGGGCAAAAAUCCUUGAGGAAGCCCUUAGUACUGAACUUCUUUCGAUCAGAAGCUUUAUUCACCUAA